UCUAUAACUAUGAUUAUUUCUUAUCUAGACUUUAGACCUGGGAGCAGAAAUGCUUAUGAACUGUUUUUUAUUUAGGAAUAGGCAGAGCAUCCUCUUUUUGUCUGGCUCCAUGUCUCUGAUUACGAUGGACGGCAUUGAUCACGUGACUCUGUUGAGAAGACCUGAAUCUCGACAGUUUCUGAAGCAGUGUUGAUUGUUUUGACACAUGUGCCGGAGCUUUGCCGUCAUUAUCCCGAGCAAACUGCCCCUGCCCUUUUCUCUCUUUCUCACUCACAAACACACGGACGUGCCACAGUCCAGCCGUGCACGUUCCUCAUUGGUCCCAGGAAGCGAAAAACAGGUGACGCAACACGGAAGUAUCGGCAGCAGAGUCUUCGGGUUGUGGUGUGUUUAUCGAGGCUGUGUGUGUGAAGGCUCUUGGAGAAACAACGACGCGACAUGAAGGUGUUUUUUUCCGGUGUACUGCUGCUCCUGUGUGCGCGGCACACCGACAGCUGGGAUGACGGCAGUGUACUGCUGCGGGACAUCCAGGCACUGACUCUGUACAGGAACCGGUACACCACAGCCAGGCGCUCUAGCCCGAUCCCUCAGCUCAAGUGUGUUGGAGGGUCAGCGGGCUGCCACGCCUUCGUCCCAGAGGUGGUCCAGUGUGUGAAUAAAGGCUGGAAUGGAGUCGAUGUGCAGUGGGAGUGUAGGACUGACAUGGACAACACACAUCGAUUUGGUCACAUUGAGGUGAGCUGUGAGGGCUACAGUCACCCUGCUGAUGCCUACAUACUGAAAGGGUCUUGUGGGCUGGAGUACACACUGGAACUGACUGAAGAGGGCCAGAGGAGGUCUCACAGUAGUAGGGGUUCCCGUGAUGGGUUUAAAGAUCUCUGGGGAUUUGCCUCCAGUUUCUUUACUGGUUCAUCAGAAUAUGGGCAGCAGCAUGACCGUCAGAGCUCUUACACUGCAGGCACUCAGGACUCAGGAGGACUGCUGGUUGUUGCUGUGCUUCUGCUCUUAGCCUAUGGCAUCCAUAAACUGUUCCUAAGUGGGAACACCACUGGGGGGCAAGAUGGUGGACCAGCUACACAUUCUGGACACAAUUACCAUGGCUCCAUGGGUGGACCACCCCCACCAGGAUUCAAACCAGACUACACAGACUACCCUGGAGCCAACCCCAGUUAUGGUUUCCACAGUGAUUACACUCACAGACACCAGUACCCAGGAGGCCAGGCAGCUCCCGGCACAGGAGGUGGUUUCUGGACUGGAAUGGGAACAGGCGGGUUGCUUGGAUAUCUUUUUGGUGGUCGGAGGAGCCAGCCCUACAAUUCUAACUACUCCACUCACACUAACAGACCUGCCAGAGAACCUCCCUCUUCCGGGACACGCAUUACUUCAGGUUUUGGAGGAACCAAAAGAAGAUAGAAGCCCCCCCCCACACACACACACCCCCACACUUUCUGCAGUGGACAGAAUAUGACUAAGUGCAUUGAUCUGUUUGCUGCUUGCAGGCUGUAAUCAUUUCUUCAAGCAGAGACGUCCAAACGUUACUGCUCGGUUGUGUGUUUCUUGGAGAGCUUGCUGUGGUUCAGUAGUUUCUGUCAGCGUGUGGUUUGGAUUUUAGCCUAAAAGUUUUAACGUCCAGCAUAAGAAGCUUGUAGGGCUUUAUUAAAACAAUAAUAAUGUUUCAUUGAUAAUUACUAGAUUUGGGGGUUUUUUGUAGGCAAGUUAAAUAUUUGAACUCUUUAACUGCAACCUUCUGCUCAAAUGUUUGUAUCUGUUACGGUGUUCCUCUGCUGAUGCACCUUUUCCCUUCCAGUAAAUGAAAUAUUAGAAUUGACAAAAUGGUUAAUAAAAUGGUGUGUACUGCUGCUCUCUGGCUUUGUGCAUCAGCUAAGAAAAAACCUUAGUCUUUAGACUCAUUGAGAAAAUCCACCUUUCAAUCAUCUGUGCAAACUCAUCACUGGAUGAGUUUGCACUAGGGCUGUGCGAUAUGACCAAAAUCUCAUAUCCCGAUAUAAAACAUUUCUCAUCCUGAUAAAGAUAUAUAUCACAAAAUAGUGGUUUUUGUGUAAAUUCUGUGAAUCUCAGGCAACUCGACUUGUUUUUAGCUAGGCGUCGUGUACCUGGCAUCGAGUGUUUUGACAGAUGCAUGAAACUAUAUAUUUUUAGAUAUACGUUGUAACGGCCAUCAUUUUCUUUGUAUUUAUUACAUAGUGUGUUGCGGGGGAAAACCUGGCGGCUCUUUUUUGCUUCUCAUUCAUAAACUCUCUCCAGACUCUUUCAUGUGAUUCUUGCAUAGGUGGUAGAAGAGGUUUGUCGUGUUUGAGUCUGUGGUGGGGAAUAGUUUGCAGCAUAAUUUGCGCAGUACAGUUUUCUGGUCAGACUGUGUCAGACUUUUGCAUAACCAAACCAUGUCCCCUUGUAGGAAUAAGGUCCUCGAUCGGUUUUGACUGGUCCUUCGGUUUGGAGCUGCCUGGUUCUGCCUCAUCUUCACUGGCCAUGCUGGUAUUCUCUGUGAGUGUAAGCGCCAUUUAUAGUUACUUCAUGUUUUUAUUUGAGGUAAUUUGUUUGAUGCACAUUCUGAAAUUUGAUGUUUGAGGAUAAUGUAUAUCAUUUCAGUUUAUUUUGAAAACUCAUCAGGAUCUUGAGCUUUAUUGUGAAAGGUUUAUGUGGAAAAUAAACGAGCGGACGGCGGAGCCACACAAUGGUUUUACCGUCGCUGUUGCUAACGAA